UUUUUUUUUUUUUUUUUUUUGCCCUUUGAACGGUCCAUGGUGCCUUGCGUCAGUAUAUAACGAAUGUGCUUCGACAGCUCAGUUUAGGCGCCAUUUACAAGUUGGAGUUCUCUGAGUCGAUGAGACGCUCGAUAUGACAUAACUCCACCAACCCCCCUCCUUCAGACUUCAAAUCAUGCCAUCUAAAACUGCAAAGCGCUCCACUGCCGCCGCCUCCUCCAAGUCAGGAGGAAAGGGGUCGCAGCCUCAGGAUGAUUCGGAGGACGAGCUGGACGUAACCCUACGAGGAACCCGCGCCAAUGGCCAAGGAGAGCAGGCACCGCCGCCGAAGACUGAUCCGCCUGUCGCGGAGGCUGCCGAGGCGGUUGAUAGUCGCACUUUGGAGGAGAUUCUUGAUAGCAUCCCUCCACCCCCGCCCCCAGCCAUGACCAAUGAGCCGGGCGCUCCUCGCCUCAUGAUAACUCAUUUAGUCAUUCGCAACUUCAAGUCGUAUGCAGGGGAGCAGAUUCUGGGGCCCUUCCACAAGCGCUUUUCUUGCAUCAUUGGUCCGAAUGGAAGUGGCAAAUCCAAUGUGAUCGACUCCAUGCUAUUUGUGUUUGGAUACAGAGCUCAAAAGAUCCGAUCAAAAAAGCUAUCAGUGCUUAUCCACAGAUCUGAUCAGCACAAUGAUGUGCAAAGCUGUACUGUGGAGGUGCAUUUUCAAAAAAUUAUUGAUAAGGAAGGAGAUGACUACGAAGUCAUCCCCAACAGCAAGUUCUAUGUUUCUAGGAGCGCCAACAAAGACGAUUCCUCAUCAUACUACAUCAAUGGUAGCAAAGCUCGAUUCAAAGAAGUGGGCACUUUGCUUCGAAGCCACGGCAUCGACUUGGACCACAACAGAUUUCUUAUCCUACAGGGUGAGGUGGAGCAAAUUGCCAUGAUGAAGCCCAAAGGUCAGACAGAGCAUGACGAGGGAAUGCUGGAGUACAUGGAGGACAUUAUCGGGUCCUGUCGCCUGAAGGAGCCCAUCCAAAUCCUAUCCCACAGAAUUGAAUUGCUUAAUGAACAGAGGGGGGAGAAGCUCAAUCGAGUCAAGCUUGUGGAGAAGGAGAAGAAUGCUCUCGAGGGAGAAAAGAACAAAGCUGUGGAGUUUCUAACUCUGGAAAAUGACAUCUUCAAACACAAGAGUUGCCUCUGUCAAUAUUCUAUUCACAAUCUGCAAAAGUGCGUGGCAGGUAAAGAGCAGGAGAAGCAGAAGAUCCUGGAGGACAGCAAGGAACUCACUGAGAAAAAAGCUAGGAUAUCGGAAGAGAUUGAAAAAAUGAAUCAAGAGCUAAAAAAUGUUGAGAAAAAACGGGACAAGAUUACCAAGUACAUGGAGACCCAGAAGGAGAAAUUCACCCAGCUGGACUUGGAGGAUGUUGACGAGCGAGAGAAAAUCAGAAACUUAAAGAGCACCAACACCAAUUUGCAGAAGCAGCUGGAAAAGGAAAAAAAGAAGUUGGAAGAGGUGCGUGCUUUACCCGCCAACAAAGAAAAGGCCAUCUCGGAGGCAACCGCUCGCCAGGAAGAAUUGGAGAAGCAGCAAGUGAAAGAGCAAGAAAAACUCAAUGCGGUGUUGAAGACCCUGAAAGAAGAGACCAAAGGCUUGCAACAAGACAAACAGGGCAAAGAGAAAGAGCUACAAAAGCUAAACGAUGCUGUGAACGAGACACGCUCUCGAAUGGACCUGGCUCAGUCAGAACUCAACAUCUACUUGAGCCAGCACAACAAUGCAGUCACGCAGCUAAACUCAGUCAAACAGAACCUUCAGACCACAUCGGACACACUGCGAGAACGCCGCACUGCUAUUAAAGAAUUGGAAGCUACCAUACCACAAAAAGAGAGAGAGCUCAAGAAGGAUGAAGAAGAGCUACAGCAACUGAUAAAGAUGGAGAGCGAUACUUGUCACAUUGUGAGCAAAAUGAGGCAGAAAGUGGACGAGGCCAAGAGCUCACUGUCCUCCAAUCGCAGUCGAGGGAAGGUCCUGGAUGCUCUCAUGCAGCAGAAAAGUAGCUGCAGAAUUCCUGGUAUCUAUGGAAGGCUAGGAGACCUUGGGGCCAUUGAUGAGAAAUACGACGUGGCUAUUUCCUCCAGUUGCGGUGCACUGGAUCACAUUGUGGUGGACACCAUCGACACAGCUCAAAAAUGUGUCACAUUUCUCAAAGAGCAGAACAUCGGCGUGGCCACCUUCAUUGUUCUCGACAAGAUGAAAGUGUGGGAAAAUAAUAUGAACCCAAUCCGUACCCCCGAGGAAAGCCCCCGUCUCUUUGACUUGGUGAGAGUGAAUGACACUAGCCUGCGUCCGGCCUUCUACUUCGCCCUCAGGGACACCCUGGUAGCGCAGGACAUGGAGCAGGCAACAAGGAUGGCCUUCCAGAAAGACAAGCGCUGGAGAGUGGUGACCCUCAAGGGGCAGAUCAUCGAGGUGGCCGGAACAAUGACUGGAGGAGGGAGAGUAAUGAAGGGCAGGAUUGGCUCCUCUCUGAACACAGAGGUCUCCCAGGAAGAGCUCGACAGCAUCGAGAGCAAGCUGGAUGAGAACGUGACAAAACUGAAGGGCUGCCAGGAAAGAAAGCUGCAGCUGGAGUGUAGCGUCCAGGACCUCCGCUCUCACCUCCGCGACAUGAAAAAUACACUGGAAAAAUACAUCACCACCGUAACAAGUCUGCUUGACCGGGAGAGUACGCUAAAGAUUAAGAUUAAAGAGAUGGAGGCCAAUGUGGUGAAUACUGUCCCAGAGAAGACCAAACAGAAGCAGAUGGAGAAGACCCUGGAAGCCUUCACGAAAGACUUUGAAGCAGCAGCCAAUAAAGCCGGAAAGUUGGAAAACGAAGUCAAGCGCCUUCACAACUUGAUCGUGGACAUCAACAGCCACAAAGUGAUGACUCAGCAAGAAAAGGUAGACAGAAUCCACAAAGAUCUCGAAGAAUGCAUCGGCAUCAUCAUGAAAGCCAAGGUUGUUAUCAAGACUGCAGACCGCAACGUUAUAAAGUGCGAGGAGAGCAUUACUCGCAUGCAGGCAGAGUUGGAGGACAACCAGAAGACUUUGGCGAAGUCCACAGAGAGAUUGAAGAAACUGGAGGACGAGGCGGGAGGGAUCAUGAAAGCUUGUCAGGAAGCUGAGGUGCAGGAUGAGGCCUGUGAUGAAAGAUUCUUCACAAGUCAUUUUCGCCGACUACUGUCAGUUUACACAGGAGGCUUUAGUUCCAACAUUACAAACUCCGCUAUAGAUGCCGUAUUCCCCUCACGUGGGCGAGGAGAACCAUCUAACUUCACAUGGAAGGCUGCGCUGCCCGAGGUGCAAGAGAAGUAUCAGACAGUUGUGAAGGAGAUCACGGCCCUGGAGAAGCAGGAACGAGCCCUUCAGGAGGAGUAUUUCAACAUAGAGCUACUCACGGAGCAGAUAGAGGCCAGACUCGGAGAGUACAAGGACAAGAUAAAACACUGGCAGAAGGAGGCCGCGAAGCUGUCUCUGCACGCCAUCGAGGGCAUGCCACACGAGGAGUUUCCUGUUCUUACAGCCGAGCAACUUGAUGAAAUUACCGACCGCAACAUCAUUAACAAGAUAAUGACCUUGGAGACCAAGUGUGCUCAAUUAAAGCCCAACCUCGGAGCUAUUGCCGAAUACAAGAAGAAGGAAGAGCUGUACCUGCAGCGCGUGGGCGAGCUGGAUGAGAUCAACACCCAGCGGGACAACUUCAAGCGCGGCUACGCGGACCUUCGCAAACAGCGCCUCUCGGAGUUCAUGUGCGGCUUCAACAUGAUCACCAACAAGCUGAAAGAAAACUACCAAAUGCUUACACUCGGGGGCGACGCCGAGCUCGAGCUGGUGGACAGUCUGGAUCCCUUCUCCGAGGGCAUUAUGUUCAGUGUUCGACCUCCUAAGAAGAGCUGGAAAAAGAUCUUCAACCUAUCAGGAGGAGAAAAGACCCUCAGUUCCCUGGCUCUGGUGUUCGCCCUGCACCACUACAAGCCCACGCCGCUCUACUUCAUGGACGAGAUCGACGCGGCGCUCGAUUUCAAGAAUGUCUCCAUUGUCGCCGAGUACAUCUACGAGCAAACCAAGAACGCUCAGUUCAUCAUCAUCUCUCUACGAAACAACAUGUUUGAGAUCGCCGAUCGCCUCAUCGGCAUCUACAAGACGGACAACACCACCAAGACCGUCGCGAUCAACCCUAAGACCAUUAUGUUACAAGACCAAGACGCCGUCGUUGCCUAGGGAGAACUCUCACUUCAAUCUUUAUCCUGUAUUCUAUGUUAAAGUGCUGCUAUUGUUUUUGUUACACGGUAAAUAAAGUUUUCAAAUCUGAAGGGCAGAUAUUGGUUUACAUCAAUGAAAAGGUGAUUUAAGAAAGAUAUGCACCUAAACUGGUGUUUGGGUUUUUGUUUUGAAUAGUAACAACAAAAUUUAAAAUUUUGCCAUAGUCCAACUGGAUUCUCAUUUGGUCCUUGGGUCAG